UUUAAUGAAUAGCACAAUAUUAUAUUUGGAAAUUUUGUAUUUGAUCUCUCUGCCUGUGCAAAAUUCAAUCGGGAAUGAUAUCGGAAGGGAAAUAUAUUAUAAUUUACCUAAAUUUUGGACCAACACCGGCCUAUGUCCGGCUGGUAAGCUUACACACGACGAUAUUAAAGCAUCUCUCCUUUCCGAAGCAAUGCAAAUGAAUUUACUCCUGAUAUCAUCUUUGCCUGAUGGUGCCAUAACGCACAUACGCAUUCACUGGAUGCUUGAAUUAAUUAAAUUUAUACAAUUUAAUCAAAGUGGUCAAGCACAAUAUAAUUUUGACGUCUUAGAUCGUUUCUUGGAUGAUUUGGAUGAGAUGCAUUUAAAGCCUGUCUUUGAGUUUAUGGGAAAUUUAUCGAAUCUUUUUACCAAAAAUCCAGCUCAUAAUUACUUUCUGUGGGAGGAUUUGAGCUAUCAAGUGAUCAAACGUUAUCACAAUCGCAUUGGAAUCGAAAGCCUUUUAAAUUAUCGGUUUGAAACAUGGAACGAACCAGAUUUACUUGCUUAUAACAAAUUGAACUUUACCCUUGAAGAUUAUUUAGAAUACGCCUUCGCUUUAAGACGUGGUUUAGAUAAAGCUGGACAAAAUCUACGCUUUGUUCUCCGCGGUCCAGCGGGUCUUUUCAAAACUCCUCAAAAACAUCCACUCUGCUGGGGCCUCUUGCAAUUUUGUGAUACUAAUAUAUCCACAUGUCCCAUCGACAUUAUAACAUAUCACCGUAAAGGAAUUAACGAGAAUGGUGCUGAACUUAUUGAGGACUCUAAAAAUUUGUGGAGUAACAUUUAUAUGAAAUUUCCGACGCUAGCUCAACUACCCAUAUCGAAUGAUGAGGCAGAUCCUAUUGUAGGUUGGUCAACGGCUCGCGAAUUUCAGGCAGAUGUUCGUUACGCUGUUACCUUGGUUAACAUAACAUUGCAGCAUUGGGAAGCUAUAAUUGAGAAGAAGGAAUUGCGAAAUCUAGAAACUAUAAGCCAUGACAAUGCAUUUCUUAGCUAUUAUCCGAAUGUAUUUACACAAAGGACUUUAUUAGCGCAUUUUCGAAUCAACAACACCGUGCCGCCUCAUUCCCAAUUUAUACAAAAGCCAGUUUAUGCUGCCGUGGGCAUGUUAUCAAGAUUAGCUGAGCUAUCCACAAAAGCAGAGUUCGUGACUUGUUCGAGAAAUUAUUCAAUGAAACUAUUGAAGACAAAGAGUCUUGAAGCGGGAAAGCCACUAUAUUUCAGCUGGCUGCUCUUAUAUACCGAUAUGGCAUAUUUUUCUGGUCGAUGCAUUAUAAACAUACAAAUCCCAUUAAACUCUCCAGAAAUGUUUGCAUAUAUUGCGGAAUCGCUAGACCAAAAUCAUACGAAUCCAUAUAAGGUAUGGCAGAGUUUCGGAAGUCCUGCCUAUCCUAAUGCCAUUGAACGGCAGACGAUGAGACUUCAACAAACACCCAUUGUACUUUCCUCAGGUUCAUUGGACACAAAUAAAAUCAAAAUUGAUUUGCAACAGCUUAAACCGCCUUGGAUAUUGACGUUAAGAGUAUGUUCCCAUUUCUUGCUCCAUAGUAUUGGUCCGCCAAGCAGUGUUCUCGUAUCUGGCGUAACACAUAAUGAAGUCCUAAUUACUUGGAAAGAAUCAAAUAAUAAAUCUAAAUACUGUUUGAAAACUUAUCAAGUUUGGUAUCGCCCUAACUCUAACUCGACACAACAAUGGUUGUAUAUCACUAAAGCAAUUCAUCUACCUUUCCCUUCGUAUCAAUAUGCUCCUGAGCGGAAUGGAAUGACAGUAAAUGGUUACUAUAAAGUGAGAGCAGUUGACGUAUUUAAUAGAACUGGCGAUUUUUCGAUACCGUAUGAAUACAUUGAAAUAUAA